AUGGCUGAAAACGCCUCCUCCGCCACCUCCCUGCUCAAGGACGAGCUCGACAUCGUCAUCCCCACCAUCAGAAAUCUCGACUUUCUCGAGAUGUGGAGGCCCUUCUUUCAGCCUUACCAUCUCAUCAUCGUCCAGGACGGCGACCCUUCCAAGGUCAUCAAGGUCCCCGAGGGGUUCGAUUACGAGCUCUAUAAUCGCAAUGACAUUAACAGGAUUCUGGGUCCCCGCUCCAAUUGCAUUUCCUUCAAGGACUCUGCUUGCCGCUGCUUUGGCUACAUGGUGUCCAAGAAGAAGUACAUCUUCACCAUUGAUGAUGAUUGCUUCGUUGCAAGCGAUCCGUCUGGGAAACCUAUCAAUGCACUUGCGCAGCACAUCAAGAACCUCCUCUGCCCCUCCACCCCCUUCUUCUUCAACACCCUUUAUGACCCUUUCCGAGAUGGUGCUGACUUUGUACGUGGAUACCCCUUCAGUCUGCGUGAGGGUAUCCCGACGGCUGUUUCUCAUGGCCUUUGGCUUAAUAUACCAGAUUAUGAUGCACCAACUCAGCUUGUUAAGCCUCUGGAAAGGAACACAAGGUUUGUGGAUGCUGUUCUGACAAUCCCGAAAGGCACUUUGUUUCCCAUGUGCGGUAUGAAUUUGGCUUUUGAUCGUGAUCUCAUCGGCCCUGCAAUGUACUUCGGACUCAUGGGUGAUGGCCAACCUAUCGGUCGAUACGAUGAUAUGUGGGCAGGCUGGUGCACCAAGGUCAUAUGUGAUCAUCUGGGGCUGGGAGUGAAGACAGGACUGCCCUACAUCUACCAUAGCAAGGCAAGCAACCCAUUUGUGAACCUGAGGAAGGAGUACAAGGGCAUUUUCUGGCAGGAAGACAUCAUCCCUUUCUUCCAACAAGUUGUUCUUCCAAAAGACUGCACCACUGUCCAGAAGUGCUACGUUGAGCUGGCCAAGCAAGUCAAGGACAAGCUCAGCAAAAUAGAUCCUUACUUUGACAAGCUGGCAGAUGCCAUGGUGACAUGGAUUGAAGCUUGGGAUGACCUCAACCCAGGUGGAGUUUCGGCCAAUUUACCCAACGGCAAAGCGUAAUCGUCUAGUCGAACCCCCCCGUCUUAUUUUAAUUUUCCUGCAACUAUAGGUAUUUGAGUUUUAAUAACUAAUGAUUUUUCGGAUUUUGUUGGAUGUACUUUUUGUUCUUUCAAUCUACUCUUUGUUAUGAGUUAGUAGAAACAAUAAGAUAUGGUGAUCAAGUUCUAGUUUGUACCAGAGUUGUGAUGGCCAGAAUUUUUCAGUAAUAUUUAUACCACAACGUUUGAGUUGAGUUGUGUUCAAA